AUGGUCGCGUCGAUAUUCGCAAACCCCAACGGCAGGGUCGCAGCGACGGCCGGCAGCUCUGAAUGCCGGGUCGUGGCGUUGGUCGGCAGUCCCGACGGCAGGGUCGCGGCGUUGGUCGGCAGACCCGACGGCAGGGUCGCGGAGUUAGUCGGCAGCCCAGACGGCAGGGUCACGGCGUUGGUCAGCAGCCCCGACGGCAGGGUCGCGGCGUUGGCCGGCAGCCCCGACGGCAGGGUCGCGGCGUUGGUCGGCAGCCCCGACAGCAGGUUCGCGACGUUGGUCGGCAGCCCCGACGGUAGUGACAUAGCGCUGCUCGGCAGCCCGACGGUAGAGACUCAGCGCUGCUCGGCAGCCCCGACGAUAGUGACACGGCGCUGCUCGGCAAGCCCCGACGGUAGUGACACAGCGCUUCUCGACAGCUCCGACGGUAGUGACACAGCGCUGCUCGGCAACCUCGACGGUAGUGACACAGCGCUGCUCGGCAGCCCCGACGGUAGUGACACAGCGCUGCUCGGCAGCCUCGACGGUAGUGACACAGCGCUGCUCGGCAGCCCCGACGGUAGUGACACAGCGCUGCUCGGCAUCCCCGACGAAAGUGACACAGCGUUGCUCGGCAGCCCCGACGGUAAUGACACAGCGCUGCUCGACAGCCCCGACGGUAGUGACACAGCGCUACUCGGCAGCCCCGACGGUAGUGACAAAGCGCUGCUCGGCAGCCCCGACGGAAGUGACACAGCGCUACUCGGCAGCCCCGACGGUAGUGACAAAGCGCUGCUCGGCAGCCCCGACGAAAGUAACACAUCGCGGUUACUCGGCAGCCCCGAAGGUAGUGUCGUAGCGCUGCUCGGCAGCCCCCGGUGUUACAACCCUGACGGUGGGGAUCGCAAGGAUGGUGGGAGCCCGGAUGAACAAGGCGCGUGUUUGUCGCCCGACGGACAGCGAUGCAGCGCAACAAAGAUGCGCAUCGUUUGA